AUGGUAGCAUGUGAAUCCAGAAAUGAUGAAGCCCCCCACUGUGAUGCAGGUCAGGAUGUGGUCUUAUUACUGCCCACUGACUGGGUGCUGCUGGAUGGAAGAGGCAGUGCUGACGAUCGGGGAAUAGUCCGAUAUGAAUGGACGUUACUACAAGGAGAUCCAUCCGUUGAUAUGAAGUCUCCACAGCCUGGCAUGUUGAGAUUAAGUGGUUUACGAGAAGGCAUGUAUGUGAUUCAAUUGUCGGUCACUGACACGAUUGGACAAAAGAGCAAUGAUAAUGUCACUGUGACUGUGAUGCCACCAAAGCACCAUACGACAGAUUGUACAGGAGUUUGUUCACGAUAUCAGUUCAUCUGUGAUGAUGGCUGCUGCAUUGAUAUCACUAUGGCUUGUGACGGGACAGCCCAGUGCCCUGACAGAUCUGAUGAAACCUUCUGCCAGAGCUUUAAUGUAGGUCGUAAAUCAAUUACACAUUCAACGCUUGCUGCUAGUUUAGAGCAAGAUAUGGCCAUGUGGCCAUCCUCUGACAGCUUCCACAGGACUUCAACAGUGAACCAUAAACGUGUGGAGGAGCCCGCUAUCCAGAUGACGCAGUCAUCCAGAACGGAAGGGAUGGGCAUGUCCAAUCCUGACCAGAUUCCAGCGUAUUGCUUGCUUCCUCCUGCCCCGGGUCCCUGCGAGGGCCAUCUCCCUCGCUGGUAUUUUGAUAGCGUCUCAAGAACCUGCAGACACUUCAUCUACAGUGGAUGCCAGGGCAAUCGGAAUAACUUCCUAUUGGAGCUGGAUUGUAAGAAUGGAUGCGCACAAGCACAAGGUAAACACAGCAAACGCAAGUGCAGUUUUCAUUCAUAGAAUCCCUACAGUGUG